UGUAGGGCGUGGCUUUGGUGGCAGGGUUCUCGUGCCACGGGUCCUAGGGGAGAAAGAGCGUCGACUUUCGUGAUCUUGGGAAACUGUCAGGGUUCUUUGCGUUUGGUGAAAGAAGGGCUGGCCUCAAGAAUUUGUGGGGGGCAGGAGGCCGGUUGCUUGAAAGAGAUGCUGAUCUUAUUAACUGCACGAAGUGGAGCGAGCUGUGCAAUAGCUGCAAAUGUGGUUUCUGCAAAUUAUUUGGGACCGAUUGACGUUUCAAGCUAAAGAUGAUGGUACUGAGUAGCCUGCGGGUCAUUCUCCAAGCGACUCCAUGCAAACUGUUGCGGAGAAGGUUCCAGAUAGCCGAGUCACUGCUGGUGAGGCCAUGCAGCCUUUACACAUGCACAUACAAGUCCCGGAACCGAACCUUGCAUCCACUCUGGGAAAGCCUGGACCUCGUGCCUGGGGGCGACCGGCAGUCACCCAUCAACAUCCGCUGGAGGGACAGUGUCUACGACCCUGGCUUAACACCGCUGGCCAUCUCUUAUGAUCCGGCUACCUGCCUCCACAUCUGGAAUAACGGAUACUCUUUCCUUGUGGAAUUUGAAGACUCUACGGAUAAGUCAGUAAUCGAGGGAGGACCCCUGGAGCACAGCUACCGUCUGAAGCAGUUCCAUUUCCACUGGGGGGCCAUCGAUGACUGGGGAUCUGAGCACACGGUGGACAGCAAGUGCUACCCUGCAGAGCUGCACUUGGUGCAUUGGAAUGCAGUCAAAUUUGAAAGCUUUGAGGAUGCAGCAGUGGAAGAAAAUGGUUUGGCUGUGGUUGGAGUCUUUCUAAAGGUAGGCAAGCAUCAUAAGGAGCUACAGAAAUUGGUGGAGACUUUUCCAUCCAUUAAGCAUAAGGACACCCUGCUGGAAUUUGGCUCGUUUGACCCUACCUGCCUGAUGCCCAGCUGCCCAGAUUACUGGACCUACUCUGGGUCUCUGACCACACCACCCCUCUCUGAGUCUGUCAUCUGGAUCAUUAAGAAGCAGCCAGUGGAGGUUGAUCGCAGUCAGCUUGAGCAAUUUCGGACCCUGCUUUUCACCUCUGAGGGGGAAAAAGAGAAACGAAUGGUGGACAACUUCCGCCCCCUUCAGCCUCUAAUGAAUCGUACUGUUCGCUCAUCCUUCCGUCAUGAUUAUGUGCUGAACAGAAAGGCAAGAGCAAGCCGAGAGACCCCCUCCGAUGUUCAUAUGUAGGCAGCAUUUGGCUUUAGGACAUACUAGCUUUUAAAAACUCCCCAAGGAGACCAUUUUAAAUGCCUGCAUUUAGUAUUUCCAGAAAUACUUUUUUUGCCAUUUCAAAGUUAUUUUCCAUCUGAUUUUAGGUAAGGGAGACAGAAGACAGAACAAUAGAAGACUGACUGGUUUACAUCAGAUUACCUUUAGGUUGCUUUUUUGUGGGAGGUGAAAAGCUUAAGACAAGGGGAAGUUCAUUAUCAUGCCCAUUGGAACCUUUCGCUGUUAUCUCUCUAAAUCUUAACUUCUCUGAAGAACAGAUGAAUAACUUACUCUCAGCUUGGUGAAGCACUUUAGUGUAUGUUACUCCAUU